AUGAAUGUGUUGUACACCAACACGGCAUCCAGAGUAGAGAAAUGGCUUACUUCAAUUGAAUCUACCCUUGAUGCUUCUAAAAGGAAGAUUGUGGGGAUAGAUGUUGAGUAUGACAGGCUUAGAGGAUCCAGCAUUAAUCCGAAGAAGGCUGCUGUCAUCCAACUUUGUGUGGGCACCGAAGUUUUGGUGUACCACGUUUGCCAUGCUGAUGAAAGGAGUGAGAAGUUGUAUAAUUUCCUAUUUGGGUACCGGUACACAUUCGCUGGAUUCUGCACUGCUGAAGAUCGUAAUGUUCUUGGUCGUUCUCAGUUUUAUAUCCAUAAUAUCAAGGACAUCCAGAUGAUUUGGAGAGACCCGGACAACAAGAAGAGGACUCAAGGUCUGAAAGAUGUUGCUGCAGCCAUUAUAGAUCCAUUUUACAUAAAGAUGAAAGAUGGAUUUGGUAGGGAGGAGCAUAGCAUGUGGGCUAAUGCGCCUCCUCUCCCACCUGAACAUAUUUUAUAUGCUGCGAGGGAUGCAUAUGUGACCUACGAGGUGUAUAAGCGUUUGGAUGUUUUCGAGAGAGGAUUUUUUUCUCUUUACAAACGUUCCGAGAAGAAACGUGGCAGGGAUUGGUGA